UAGGAUAAUGUUAUCACUCUUAACCCAAACAAGUAAAAAUAUUAAAAACACAUUAUGCUCAUCGGCGCGUAAGCUGUAAUUUUAUAGGUAAUGCUGUAGUUAGGAAUAGGAAACACUUUUAUAUGUCGAUUUUUCUCAAUAACUCUUCACGUUGAGUUUGAAUUGAAAUCGAAGAAAGUUACCGCGUUCCUAUACUAUGUCAACGUCACUGGCUAAUCGGACAUGUGAAACUGCAGGCUGCAACGCUCAAGCCAACCUACAAUGCCCCACGUGCAUCAAGCUGGGCAUUUCAGGAUCAUACUUUUGUAACCAGCAAUGUUUCAAAACCAAUUGGUCAACCCAUAAAGUUCUUCACAACGUAGCACAGGGCAAAAACAAUUCAACAAAUGGUACUCCAGACGUUUAUAAUCCAUGGCCAGAUUAUGCAUUUACAGGUCCGUUGCGCCCCCAUAAAACAUCUGCACCGCGUACUGUUCCCGAUCAUAUACCGCGACCUGAUUAUGCCGAUCAUCCAGAAGGUAUACCCCUAAGUGAACAACAAGUUAAACUAGCAUCUCACAUCAAAGUGUUGAAUGACGAAGAACUAGAAGAAAUGAAAAUAGCUUGUAAGCUUGGCCGUGAAGUUUUGGAUGAAGUAGCAUUAAUGAUCGAUGUUGGCGUAGUAACCGAUGAAAUUGAUAGAAUAUGUCACGAAGCGUGUGUUGUAAGAGAAUGCUAUCCGUCGCCGCUGAACUAUUACAAGUAUCCAAAGUCAUGUUGCACAUCUGUUAACGAAGUUAUCUGUCAUGGUAUACCGGACAUGAGACCUCUAGCCGACGGAGACAUUUGCAAUGUCGACGUAACUGUAUGUCAUCGAGGAUAUCAUGGCGAUUUGAAUGAAACGUUCUUAAUAGGGAAUGUGUCUAAAACUGCUGAAAAAUUAGUCAAUGUAACAUGGGAAUGUUUACAGAAAGCCAUAAAUGCAGUUCAGCCCGGUGAAAAGUAUCGAGAACUCGGAAAUAUUAUACAAAAACACGCUCAAGCCAAUGGGUUUUCAGUAGUUAAAAGUUACUGCGGCCAUGGAAUACACCAAUUAUUCCACACUUCCCCCGGAGUCCCACAUUACGCUAAAAACAAAGCAGUAGGUGUGAUGAAACCAGGCCAUACAUUUACUAUUGAACCAAUGAUUUCACAAGGUAGUUGGCGAGACAAAUGUUGGCCAGAUAAUUGGACUGCAGUCACUGUAGACGGACAGUUGUCGGCGCAGUUCGAAGAAACUCUCCUGGUCACCGAUACCGGUGUAGAAGUAUUGACCAAACGACUGAGUAACAACGGACGUCCAUAUUUUUUGGACAAAACGUCUUAGUCUUAUAGAUACUGACAAUUGCCAAUAUCAACUCGACUGUAAAGAAAUCAGUAUAUUAUUUUAUAGAUAUGUUAUGGAAAAAGUUUUGCGCUCAAUACUAUUUUAUAUCUACACAAAUGUUUUUAUAACAUACUGUACAUGUACUUAAUCUGUUGUUGAAGCUUAUUUUGUUCAAUAUAAAUAAAAUUAAUUAA